AUGUGUUAUGUGGGGAAAGCAACAAAGAUCUUCAUCUUCAUAGUGACAGUACUGGUGGUUUUUGGUCUUGUCUUGGGAUUCGGGCUUCUGCGCCACGGACUCCACAAGUCCCACAAUUGCUCCGGCGAUUCUUGUCAUUCUCCUUCGCCUGUCGUCUUCCCUCAACCCACCAACAACCCCAACCCCAGUUCUAGUCAGUCAACAACCUCCCCACCUAGCCCUGUCACUGGUACUUCCCAGCCCAGCCCACCUAGCUCUGCUCUCAAUCCACCAAAUCCUGACCCAACUCCACCUCCUCCUCCUCCUCCUCCUUCUCCAUCUUUACCCACCUCGGACCCAAGCCCCCCUCCGCCCGACUCUAACCCAACUCCGCCACCUGCGGCGCCGCCUCCUCCGGCUACAACUGUAGCAGCUCCAACUUACAGUCCACCGAGCCCACUGCAGGAAACUCCAGGUCCUGUCCAUGCUUAG